AUGGCUUCGUUGGCCCAUGCCGGAACCUCCACGAGCAUUCCUGGCUCGGUGAUCUUUGAUGAGGGACAGGCCAUCAUACCUACACCGAAGUUGGAAAGUCGAUGGCGCACAAAGCAGUACGAGAAGGACCAGGAGCCAGUUGACGAUGAGGAGGUUGACAUCGACGCGACGGCCGGUCUUACAAAGAGAGAGCUGGUGCAGAUGAAGGCUUUGACGCAGAUAAGCUCUUGGCUGCGGUUCCACAAAUUUCGGGAGAUGGAUGUGAACGAGCAGCAGGUGCCCAGCGGAUGUUUUCUCUUCAAAAGGCCAGAGUCCAUGUGCCCCAUCCAUGUCGCAGCCAAGCGUGGCCACGAGAGGAUCAUCAAAUUUCUUCUCCUGGCGCGAGCAGAUCCCAAGCAGAAGACAUCCCGGGGCCGCACGGCACUUGAGAUCGCGCGGGAAGCAGAUACGGAAGGCUCCCAUCGCGAGGCGGUGAGGACUCUGAAGGCUGCCGAGAAGACUGUCUCAGCCCGGCGAGCCAUUGAGAUGAUGUGUAGUUGA